GGCUCCCAGCCAGGGACGGUAAACAGAAGAUUGUAAAACAUGACAUGAACGGUCCGAGUGAGCAAGUUAUCUAAUAUACAGAUACCAUCGCAAACAGAAGAGGUUGUUUAUGGUGGCCAUCGUGUAUAAUACAAAUAACUAUAGGAGAACGCAGAGUUGAGCUGAAAGGAACGUCUCAAAGAAACAGAGACUGAAACUGUCAAAGGCUGUGAGAUUUUCCAAGAAAUUGAUCUCCAGGGAUGCUGCCACUAUUUUCAAGAGCAGCCACAAGUUCACCAGUUAACAAGAAAAAAGCCACAGACCGAACAUGCCACAGCAUAAACCUGUCCCUCUUGUCUGGUGACUGCUCUUAUGAGUGUUACUCUGUGAACCCCCUGACAGGAUCUCCUUGCAUGUGCCGUCGGAGUCCUCGACUCCUGUCUAAUGGAUACUAUAUUCUUACUGAAGACAGCUUAGUGUUCGACAAUGAGGGCAACAUUACCCUGACACCAUCCAAAACCACCGUCACUUACAAAGAGAACCUUGUCAGAAUUUUCCGGCGCAGGAGGAGGGUGCGCAGAUCCUUGGUCAGCUUGUUUGACAUGACGGAACCCUCCAAUUCCUGACUGAACAGCAGCAUGUUCAGCAACCUCGACUCCCCCAUAGCCGAGUCCUCUUGGAUUGAUGGGAACUCUGAGUUUAACAGCAGCUGCAGCUUCACUGAUGAUAACAGCUCAGUUCUAUCUCCAAGUCACAAACCAUGGUUAUCCAAGGAACACCUCUCAGCCUCUGCUACAGAAUACUGUUACUCAAAGGAACAGUUCAGUGAGUCAAAGGGGCUGCUGGAUAUCCCACCGCAGUCACCGUUCCUGUCACAGAAAUGCUCUUCCUAUGACACAUCUGCCAAACAUUCGGAUUUGGCCAUUAUAAAAAUCCUCUUCAUCAUCUUGUCCAUUUGUUUAUGCUUAGCUGCAUUUUCAAGGUGGCUUUUGGGAGGACUCGUGAUUUCAUUGUUGAUCUUCGUGCUACUUUUCACAUCAUUAACAGUCCUUACAAAGUCUGCCUUUGAGAGCUAUGUGAGAUCCCAGAAAACAAGAGCAGAGGACAUUACUUCAAAGAAUGAAUAGCAACAACAAAAGAUUUUUCUGAGAAGGAAAUGAAAGCUUGCAUAUCUUGGCUGUAGACACAGGAUGAUGUAUGAAUAUAAUCAACGUUUGCAAAAAAGUGUGCCAAAAUGUAUUUUAUAACUGGUUAAAAGUAUUUUAUACUGAAAAAAACCUGGUCUAUUUUUUGUAUUUAAA